AGACACAGCUGAUUUCUGCAAUAACAAAGCAGCUCGUUCCUGAGCGCUUUUUGUUUAUAACAAUAAACUAACGCACGCACACACUAAUAGACAAACGCGCAUCACAACUAAUACAGUGUAAUAAGAAGAAAAAGAACGUUAAUAGUGCUGUAUUAAUCAUAAAUAAGUGGACAGUGUGCACACUUAAAACCAAAAUGGCGUAUUAAAACGUUGUUGCUUUCCAGUAUAUAUUUUCGGUCAGUUCUCUUGGAGCGCUUAUUGCGGCCACAACGUUGCCCGAUGCUCGAGGAGAUCGCAGUCGCAGUUGAAGUAGGAGCAAUCGCCAGCAGGAAGCAUGGCAAUCGAGCAGCAGGAGAAGGAGCAGGAGAGAGAGAGGGAGGAGCAACGUCAACUUUUGCUGCACACAUUGAACAGACUUUGGAGUCAUUAUCUGCACACUUCAGACUCUGAGACGGAUGAUAACCAAGCAGCGAGUGUCAAGGAACAUUGGCUCUGGUUAUUGCUCUACAACUUUCAGUUCUUGGAUGAUCAAACACUGCAAGAUGCUCAGUUCAAUAGCAACUUUAAUCAGCUGCCUGAGGAACUGUGUUCCUAUCUCCUUGCGCAGGUUUAUCAAAUAAUCAGCGCUGCCAAACGAUCACAGGAAUCGGAAACCGAGCAGCAGGAUAAAUGCAUCAAGCAGCUACGCAAAAAACACAAUCUUGCACAGCUCAUACUCAGCACUCCUAGUGACUGCAACAAGAUCCUUGCUCUGCGCACAUUUUUAACCAACGGACUCGGUCAGCAUUUGCUCGGAUUUCUGCUGCGAGUGCAAAUCAAGCACAUUGCUUCACAGAAGAGUCUCUCUCAGUUGUGCAUCAAUCUGUUUCCCAACUGCAAAUGGAGCUCUGAGAAUCCGAAUGCCGAGUUGAAAUCAAUCACCAACAUUACACAAUUUAUUGGCAGCUUUCACCUGAACUCACAGCGCAACAAGUCGCGUAAACAGCAGCAACAAAAUCAACAGCAAAUUCAGCACUUUUCCAAUGAGAUUCAGCAGAGUUUUGAGCAGUUUCAAGUAGCUAGAAAAACCAGUGAUGAAUUGGCUUUGUUGCUCAUUCAAUUGUUGACUCGUUGCAUUGAUGCGGAACAGGAACCACAAUUGAGUGUCACUGUGCAUAAUUUUGCACUAGGACAUCUGUGUAAUAAUUCUGUGGAUAAUGCCAAUGAUGAGAUUAUCAAAUUCGAGCUGCUUCAAUUGAUUGCACACUGUGUCAACAAUUUCUAUAUCAUCGAAGAGCAUUCAAAUGUCUUGGAUUUUAAUAGCAACUUUAGUCAACUCUUGUAUGCUCUGGCUGCCAAUCGUGGCAGUUCUCUGCUCUCACAUGGCAUACUCUAUCUUAUGUUUGGCACACUGCAUAAUCUCGUUGAGAAUGGCGCUCAACAGUUGGAACAAAUUGAUGUGAAGAACUUUGACAACUGCUUCGAUGUUUUGCAAGAGGCAGCCACAACCACAUCUUGCACUUCUUUGCUCUUUCUACACAUCUACAAGCUGCUCCUGAGACUCACGGAUCAUCUGUCGCGACAGGAGCAACAACAGCAAUGCCUCAUGGAGAGCAGCAACUCCAGCGCCUUGGCCAAACAACCUCCUCAUCGCCAUAAGCGACAACGUCACAGUCAAUUGCAUUGCACCGAUCGAUCACUCAGUUGUUAUUUUCAGGGCAAACUAUAUCAGCUGCUGCCUAGUCUCCCGCCCGAGUUGCAGGAGCACAGUGUGCGCUCGUUAAUGCGCACCGGCAGCUGCUGUUGUCACUACAAUUCGGCGAAUUAUGCAACCUGCUUGCGAUUGGCAACUCAACUGUCUGUCAGCUACCAAAAGUUUGCUUAUAAGUUUCUACAUUACAAUGUGUUGCACACAAUCUUCGUGAAGCGUUCUCCGCAACAUUGUGGCGUCUGCGAGGAGAAAUUAAAAUCGCCGGCAUUUCAUUUUCAACUUCUUGGCAUCUAUAAGGAUAAUUAUCGUGCUUUGUUGAACAACAGUUCCAUGUUGCUGUUUCUAAAGCAUCUGAAGCAUAUUGCAUAUUUAUUAUCCUACGAUCUAUCUGCUGGCAUUUUGGCUGAGGUUGUUUUGCCCAUUUUCAGGCAAUAUAAACAACCAAGUGAAACUGACGUGAAGGGAAUAUUAUUAAGCCUACAAAUUCAAGGCAAACUGGACAAUUAUCGUGUGCUGCAUGAAUGUCUGAGCAUUUUUGUCAUGUACUUGAGUGAUAUACGCUUGGUUAAAGCUUUCUACAACGAGGAGAAUAUUGGUUAUAUGCAGGAUUUACUGACUAUUCCCGAAUUGCAACGCGGUGUUUGUGAUCUCAUCAAGGUGGGCAUCGAUAAUAUUGCCUUCUUGGGUGACAAUAGUCAGGAACAGUUUGCUUUAAGCCGUCGUCUGAUACAACUUCAACUCAAUAGCAGCGAUCGAGCCUCGAAAUUAUUUCAGGCAUUGCUUCAAAAAUGCGCCAAGCGUUCUCAAGUCAAAUUCUGGCUAGAUGAGGCAACGAAUACGUCAUUACUGGAGGGACAUAAACCUGUGGAUAUACUCUAUAUAACAGCACUACAGUGGACACUCAACUAUGAGCUGUUAAAGACAAGUCAAUUGUUUUAUAAUGAGUUUGCCAAAAUCUAUUCGAUACCCGUGGAAAUGACAGUCGAUGAAGAUGAUGUAGAGAAGGAGAAAGAGAAGGUGGAAAAAGAGGAGGAGCAGCACUUACGACAUGGUGAUAAGACAAUCAUUGACAUACUCAAGUUAAACUACAAUGCGCUUAGCUGUUUCCUCAUGCUACCCAAAGCCGCAAUCUCAACCACAACCACAACAACAAUGGCAACAACAACAACAGCGACGCCGUCACCAACACUGCUCAACAGGAGUCCCAGUUUAUUGGAAGGUAAUUCAAUGGAGACUCUUGUGUCGCAUGUUCAACUGCCGCUCAGUGCGUUGGCAGCCUCGGUGACGACCACAACGAGCUCGGACUACGCCGAUUCCAGCUUGGACUACGCUGCAAUAAUUGACAACUACGUGGAGCAGUCAGAGUCAUCUUUUCUGCAUCAUCUGCAGUCCAUUGAACCGGAUGAAAGCAUUGUUUUGUUUGACAUACGCGGCACAAAUCAAAGCAAUAACAAGUCAGCCCCUAAUCACCUAAUCCUCUCCAGCGUUGUUGUGGAGCAUCAAGUGGAAUCGGCGGGCUUAAUAAGCAAACUGUUCAACAUUGUGGGCUCACUUUUUGGUGGCAAGGGGGAGGAAAACGAGAGUCGUUCCCCUCCAGCGUCAACUCUCGAUGCUGAUUUGUUUUGUCUCUACGAAUCGAAUGGGGAAUGCAAGAAACUCUUGUUGAAACUCUUCGAGGCGACCAUGGCCAUUUGCAUCAAGGGCUUUCAGAACGAAGAAGUUGAGAAAAUGCAGAAACAUCUGCGCAAGCUGAAGGCGAUUAUAUUGAGCAACGCUUCGAGCAACUGGACGGAGCACGGAGAGCAGCAUGCUCGGGAUAAUGCUGUGAUACAGACGCUGCAGACUCUAUUAAAAAUUGCCGAGCUGUCGAGCACACACAAUGAGCCAGCGGGCGUGGUCAAGACGCCCUCAUUUGAAUUACCACGACAACAGCAACAACAACAACAACAACAAAGUGUUGUUAAAUUGCCGGCUAAGAAUUCUUUGGCCACGCCUCCCACACCACGCAGACGCCCUAAUUCCAGUGAUGGCGCCAUUGGUGAUGCCGAUUACUUCUCCACACGUGCUUCUCUCAGCUGUGCCGCCGACAGCGAACUGGAAUUUAGUGAGAAUGAUCAGGAAUAUUAUUUGACGGCCGACGAGGGUUACGAAGCGGAUGGAGAAAUUGCCGAGCUGAGUGAAUCCGAGUGCGAGAUCAAUGGAGCUGCUGGAGGAGUCGUUUCAGCCGCCGCUGCUGCCGGUGCCAACGAAUCGUGGACACCUUUCCAGCCCUCGUCCCGCUAUCGCAGUCACAUCAUGCACGAGGGAUUGAGUCAGCUGGUGGUGCAGAUGCUCGUGGAGCUGUCGCUGCUCUGCAUGCGACAGCCGAGUGGCUGGACAGAGAGUCUCACCCAGCUGGCGAAUCGCCUGUUUGUCAUCAGGGAUUAUCUGGGCGGUCCCUUGUGCCUGCUCCAGGGAUUUGCGCCAAUCCUCAGCAGCAGUGAUCCCAAACUGAGAGAACUGCAGCAAUCGAUACUGGAGUUGAUUAAUCAUCUAAAUACGCCGGAUGUGCUUAACUGUUACUUCUCAAUCCUGGCCAGCAAACAGCCGCCGGCGGAGCUGUUGAUGCGUCACAUGCAUCACAUUUGUGCCUUUAGUUUAAGGAAGGCUCAACCCUGCAUGGAGUUGGAGUUUCCCAUAAUAAUUGAUGGGAAGGUUGUCAUCACAGCGGAUCCUUUAAUGAGUGAACAGAUUGAGAAGGUGCGUCUGCAGCAUCAACAGUGUCAGGCAACCACAUUGUUCACCAGAGCUGCCUGCAUUGUGCCUGUGACACAGACGCGUCUCUGGCAACCGGAUGGACUCACCCUAUCCAUGUGGCUGGAGGUGAAAGGUCAGCAAAUGCAUCGCAGUUUUACACAAUUCAACGAUGAUGAAACACGCUACUCUGGCGAGGAUUUGACAAAAUCCCACCUGGUUUCCUUGGGCAGCAGCGCUGUCAUGUUGAGCAUUUACUUGAACAACAAUCUUCAGCUGGUUUUCGAGCUGGUCAAACCAAGUGAGCAGCUCCCGACGCGCAUUGAGGAGCAUGUGGAGGCCAACAGUGAACCUGCAACUCAGACCAACACAAACUCCAGUUUUCGUCAUGCCUUAAAGCAGACAAAGAUGGCUUUGCUCAAUAGCUUUGGGCAAAUGCACUUGCUCAAUGGACACCAGGUCACACAUGAGGGACACGUUGGUUACUUUGAAGGCGCCAGUGUGCAGCUGCAGCAACUCCGCUUGCCCAGGAAUAAAUGGAUGCACUUGGUCUUUGGAUUACAGCAACAGGCGGAUGGCUUGCAGGUUACCAUCUUCCAGGAUGGCCUGGAGCAGCACACUCUGAGUUUGCCCUUCCACAAUCUGCGCUUCGCAACGCGUUCGCACAGUUUCCAGAUGCUCGCCGUGGGCGAGGGGAUUCCCGCGAGGAGUGGGAACAGUGGCAACAGCAACAGCAGCUCCUCCCGCUCCACACUGGAUGGAUGUGCGCCACGUUAUGCGCUGGCGAAUCUUGUGCUCUUCAAGCGUCGCCUGUCGGAACGCAAUCUAAUGAUCAAUUUGACAGCCAUGGGACCAGAUUUCACCGAGUUCACUCAAUGUCAGGUGGCCAAUUGGAAGCCCAAUUAUGGCUAUGUCCAGCUGAACAAGUUGACAACUUGCUGCUUUGGCAAUCAUGCGGAUUGCAUGAAACUGUUGCGUCACUCACGUGUCUUAGUUUAUUCGGCUCAACAGCCGGAUCUCGUCAUGAGCUACGAUGCCAGCCAGGAACUGGACAUGGCCUGCUAUGGACAACCGCAGGGACACAUGCUCUAUGGCGAACUGAUGCAACAUCAUCCACAAACACUGCAAACUGCGGUCCUACUCAAUGGAGGACUCUCCACAAUGCUCUAUCUCUUUGCUAGGAUUGUGGAGCUGUCUGGCACGGCGAGCACUCAAUCUCUCGCCCUGGACUUGCUGCUUCAAGUGGCGCACUCGGAUGCCCAACUCUACACGGAGUUUCUGCGUCAGGAUUACCUCUCACUCAUUGGCUAUGUCAUCAAAUCGGAACGCUGCUCCAAGGAUGUGCAGUUGCUGAGGAGCAUUGUGAACAAUGCCUGCUCCCAGCCGCUGAUCAGUCGUCGAGGCGAUGGACUACAUGUGAAUGACAACACGACGGCCACUUUGAUCUAUCCGCGUCUGUUGUUGGCUGUGCUCCAACGUUACUCGGAUUGGCAUCGCUCCGGAGCAACGCACUCGGAUGUGCUCGAUUUACUCUUUCGCUCGAUACUCGCUUUGAGUCGGGACAAGCAUCCACAGCGGGAUUUCAAUAUGGAACAGCUGCAGAAUUCGGGAUUAUUACGUUCUUUGCUCAAUCUCUGCAAGGUUUAUGUAAUUGAGUCUCCCAGUCCGGUGCAUAUUUCACCCUAUGCCGCCGAGUGCUUUGUGCAGAUCCUGGCCGUGUUUGCAGGAUCUCCACCAGCUCCUUCUCUGCUCGACGAGAUGAUGAAGCUGUUGUUGUUGCUCCACAAACCCAGCGAGUGUUAUGUCACCCAUGAUCGUGCCAAUUUCUACUUUCUGCUAACGCCACAGCUGCCUGUCAAGGAACGUUCCUUGGUGGCUGCCAAUCUCAGUCGGGUGACGACCUCUUUUCGACGACAGGCUCAACCACCUGUCCAGGAACUCGAUACAGAGCGGGCAGAACGCAUUAAGAGAUUGCGACGUCUACACAACUCCAACUCCAGCUACAAGCGAGCUCUUGUCGAGCUGGAGGAUCAACUGGACCAAAUGGCCGACUGUUCCAAUCUCAACAAGGCUGCACUGCGUCUGCUCAGUCCCGUGGAGGCUUCACGCUGGCGCCAAAGGUUCAAACGUCGUCAUCCCAACAGCACCAGUCAAAGUCCCAAACGGAGUCCACUCAAGUUGGCCAGAAGACGCCUCCAUACGCAUCCAACUCUGCCCAAGGGACACAGCACUCCGAACUCAGCUCAGUUGACGCCAUCGCUGCCCAGUCGGAAAACCGAUUUUUAUAAUCAAUUGGGAAUUGUGACAUUGCAGCAACGUUUGUUGAUUCUGCUCAAGGAUUUCCUCUGCCUGCUGCCGGACUCGGCGGUGGAUGAGGUACUGCGUCAUUAUGUCAAACUGGAGUUUCUCUUGGUCCUGGCCAAUCAAAGAAGUUGUGCGGUGCGCACCGCAAUUCUUCAACUGUUGAUGGUGUUGACAAAGCGUUUGCCAACUGCGGAAUUAAUUGCCGCCUCAAAGCAACUAUAUCCACUUCAUCUGGCCAAUCAGUUGACCAUUCAUGGCAGCGAUGUGGCCAUGUUUGAGGCGUGUCUUUCCUGGGUUACGGAUCUCCAUGGCAGCCUCGAUGAUAUGUUCAACAAUGAGGUCACUUUGGGCAUUCGUCAGCGAUUCGGUUUGCAAUCCUUGUUGGCCAUUUCGAUGGCCUUGGGCAACAGCAGCUGGAACACGGAACCACAGCGUGUCUUCAGGGCGUUGCUCAGGCUCUAUUUGCAGAACUCCGAUGAACAGCUGAGCCUGGUGGAGGCUGGAUUGCUGCAAUGCUCCGUCAAGGCGCUUUAUCAACUCUAUUCCUUGCGUUUGGGUCAACCCAACAUGGAUCAGUCCAUUGUGGAGCUGCUUGGAGGCAUAGGAGAACGUGCCCUCAAGUCUGUGGGACAAAUUAAUCUCGUUUGGGACAUUCUCAAUAUGUUGGCCUUCUAUCAGGACAAACAGCCAGCUUUGAUUGUGCGCAGUUUUCGGACAGUUCAAGCCACGUUGCAACUGCAAUGGCUCAACAUGUUCUUCGAGGCGUGUCAGGGAACAGGAGGAGGCAACAAUGGGUAUCGGUUGAGGAGCAGCCUGUCCGACUGUUCCCUCAGCACGACCGAGUGUCGCACUCGCAUGGAGCUGCUGCUGGAUCGUUGCACACAGUUCUUUACGGCAGGCGGUUGUCUGGCCAAUGGCAAUGGAAGUGGCAGUAGCAGCUAUGUGGCUAGUAGCCCCGAAUUGGCCCUGUUCGAGUUGCUCGUCUCGUAUGGCAUUGCCAACAAUCAGAGGUGCAACAACUUUAUUGCCUGGGGAUUGCAGCCAUCGCGUCCUCGGGAUCUGCGCGCUUACAUUGUGGAUGCCUUGUGGCGCACCUUUCAGGAUGAGUUCCAGGGUGCCAUCAUCUGUGAUGGCAAGAUGAUUAAGGCCCUGCUUUGGCUCAGUCUGAUGGAGACCAUCAAGCCGCCCAUUGAGAAUCUAGCGCCGCUUUGUCAUGCUCUCGGCAUCAAGGAGAACGACUCCACCUGGAAUCUGGAACACGAACUGGAACGCCUGGAAUUAAAUCGCAACAAUUUGGCGGGCAAACAGAAGCAACUGCUCGAGAAGACGCUCUACAAAUUUGAGCCCCUCGUUCAGCACUGCAUUGACACCUCCAUGGUUACCACCAGGAGAGUGGCGGAGCUCCAGAAUGCGGAACGCAAGCUGCUCAUGUGCCACAUGAAGGAUUAUGAUGACACCUACACCUACACCAAAUGGCUGGAGAUUAUACGCCGCAUGACGCACGAGGGCGCUCCCUGGCACUGCAGUGAACGCGCGGAGUGCUCCUGGGAACUGGAUGAUACGGAGGGACCGUCUCGGGUUCACACGCGUCUGCGUCGUUGUCAUUUGGAUAUUGAUCGGCGAUUCUUUAUGAACGAUUAUUGUCCUGGACAGGGACAGCGCGAGGAUCUGGAGCAGUAUAUGCGUCCACUGGAUUAUUUGAUAGCCAGCUACGAUCAGCAAUUGAACAUAUCGCUCAACUCGCAGAUACUCUAUAAUUUUGCGGCAAAGUUUUUGCCAGUAGAUGGAGAGAUUGAUGGCGAGAUAAUAAUAACGGAUCUAAAGCUAUAUUUUCUAGCCACAUAUCGUUGUAAAUACUUUAAUGUUAACUGUGAUAUAUCGAACAUAACUGAAAUAUGGCUUAAACGCUAUCAGCAUCAGGAGAAGGCCUUUGAAAUACUCCUCGAUACGAACAAAUCGCUUUUCUUUUCGCUACAAAACGCUGACGAUUGGAAAAUAAUGCGCGAGGUAUUCUGUGAUAAAAUUGUGAGCAUGCCGGACAAUACCAAAGUGUUGGCCAUAACGCAACAAUGGCGCGAGGGUCUCUUAACCAAUUGGGAAUAUCUGAUGACACUCAAUCAGAUUGCCGGACGCACCUAUAACGAUCUCAUGCAGUAUCCGGUCUUUCCAUGGAUUCUGGCCAACUACAAGUCCGAGUUGUUGGAUCUGCGCCAGGCGCAAAACUUUCGACGACUCGCUCGACCCAUUGCCGUGCAGCUGGAGGAGAAUGAGCAGCAUUAUAUAAGCAACUAUACAUACAUUGAUAGCACCAAUACGAAUAUGGGCUCGUUGAUAUUGAAGCCGUAUCAUUACAGCUCACAUUACUCCAAUUCUGGCACUGUGCUCCACUUUCUGGUCCGUGUGCCGCCCUUCACCAGCUAUUUUCUGCGCUAUCAAGACAACAACUUUGAUUUACCGGAUCGCACAUUCCAUGCCCUGAACACGACUUAUUGUCUCGCCAGUCGGGACAGUCCAACAGAUGUCAAGGAACUAAUUCCCGAGUUCUUUUGUCUGCCUGAAAUGUUUGAGAAUUUCGAGCGUUUCAAUUUCGGUUGUCGUCAAAAUGGCGAACGAGUUGAGGAUGUCGCUUUGCCCGCGUGGUGUCAACGUGAUCCUCGUCUCUUUGUGUUGAUACAUCGUCAGGCACUGGAAUCGGAGCUGGUGCGCAAUGAUCUGCAUCAUUGGAUUGAUCUGAUCUUUGGCUACAAGCAGACGGGCGAGAGUGCGGUGGAGGCCAUCAAUGUAUUUCAUCCAGCUACCUAUGCUGUAUUCCUGGACUCGGAGAUCAGUGAUCCCAUUGAACGGGAGGCGGUCAAGACAAUGGUUAAGACUUAUGGCCAAAUGCCGAGACAACUGUUCAAGUCAGCGCAUCCGUCUACCAAGGCAUUGGACUACUCCCUGGUGGACACGCCCAUUGUGGGGCAGGUGAAGGGAUUGCGUUGGGGCGUCUAUGUGGGUUCACCACAGCUGAAGGCUCCCUCCUGGGCGAAUAUACACAAGAUACCCGGCACAGAGCAUCUUGUCAGCUUUAGCAACACAAAUGUGGUUUAUGCUCUGCCGGUUAAAGCGGGAGUUAUGCAGGGAGCUGAACCGGAUACCUAUAACGUCAUCUCUUGGGGCUAUGAUGAUCGCAUUGUGCGCAUCCAGCCGCUGAAUAAACCGCAGGCUAAACCCAAGAAUCUGCUGCAUAAUAGCUGCUUUGAUGACAUCAGCGCCUGUGGCUGCGAUGUCAACUGCAAUCAGCUCUGGUUUGGCCACAAAUCCGGACGCAUUAGUGUCUACAAGUGUGUCAGUGGCUUGGAGACCCAGCAGAAGACCAGCUCCAAGAGUCGUCAGAGCUAUGUGCGUGGUCUGAGACUCUCCUACAAUUCGGCAUUUCGUAAGAUGACCACAAAGAGCACAGGAAUUGGUCCAGCUGCAGACGCAGCCGAUGAAUCCGGCAUGAAUCUGCAUGCCACACACUCGGCUGCCUCGGUUGCCUCCUCGUCGGCUGGUUCCUCGAGCAGCGAUGGCAUGCAACGGGAUGGCGCCGAUCUCAGCUGGUUGGGACCCACAUUGCUCGUGCGGCACACCGAUGAAAUCACCUGCAUUUCACUCUCCGUCGAGUUUAAGAUUGCCGUGUCCGCUGGACGCGAUGGCAUUGCCGUCAUUUGGGAUCUCAAUGACUGGAGCUAUGUGCGCACCAUUGCUCGUCCCGCAGAGAUUCAUCAGUCGCCCAUCACACAUGUGGCCAUCAGUCCGACGCUGGGAGAUAUUGUCACUGUGCACACGUUGCCACAACAGGUGGAUGCCAAUGGAGUUCAACAGCAACAACAACAGCAGACAAGUCAGGCCAAGCCGAGUGCAGCGGAUGAAUGCUUCGAGGUGACCGAGGAGAGUCUGGAUGAUUUUGUGAAUGUCAAUGUCAAUCCCAAUGGCAAAUCCAUACUGCGUCUGCACUCGGUGAAUGCUCGUUAUGUGCAGCAUCUGGUGCACGAGGAUCGCAUCCAGGCUGUCUGCUAUUCCUACAUCAAGGAAGGCGUUGGCGUCAAUGUCAUUGCCACUGCCAUGGAGGGUGGAUUUGUGCGUUUCUGGUCCAGCUGGGACUUGAAAUUAGUCAGUGAAUUAACCACAGGCACAGCGCCCAUACGCAGCAUCAGUUAUUCCACGCAUCAACAUUUGGUGGUGUUAACCCGAGAGUCUCACAUCCAGGUCUGGGAAUCGGAAGGUCUUUAUGGCAAUGCACCCAAAUUUCCGCAAAUUGUUUACAAAUGAACAGAGCAGUUUUAAGAUUAAAAAUAACUCCACUCAAUCGAAAGCAUAUCAAUGACAAAUCCAUCAAAUUACAUAGCUGAAUCAAUCAAAAUGAACCUCGGUUCCAUCUAAUCGUAUCAAAGCAAAGCAAAUCCUUUUUACUGGCUUCAAGUAACACACCUAUACUAAAUAUAUUAAAACGCAAACGUUUUAUAGCCUUAAGUUCAUAGAGCUGUAUCAAAUACAUUUUUCCACUCAACGAACUUUUUAUAUAUAUUUCAAAAAACA